AUGAUCGACAACGGGCUAUAUGGAUUCACUCGGAUUUCGAAGUCGGAAGGCCAUGGAGAUACCCCGGACGUAUUUGAAGAUGGGAAACUGGUAGAUCCAGGCAAGCCAUCGGUGCUGAGCCGCAGAUCAUAUAUCGACGACAUUCUGAUCUACGCCAAUAACUGGGAUCAACUAUGUGAUCGAGUUGAGGGUUUACUCGAAGCGUGGGAUAAGUGGAAUCUGUCGAUCAAGGCUUCCCAAGCGCGGAUCCAACAAGUAUUGGAGACGGAGAACGUGGAUCAAAGACCGCAAGAGGAUCAGGUGGUCGACCACCGAAAGACUUUGGAUCUGGAGGCGUCAGAUCUUACUGAGGUGGAUCCGCGUUGGAUCCAUGCCCAUCGGCCCUUCAGCGUACUUAAAGCCAAGAUCGCUGCUACUCCGAUCUUACGGCACUUUGAUCCAGAUCGGAGAGCCACGGUCGUGGUGUAUGCUAGCGAUUGGGCCAUUUCGGGAUCAUUGAUGCCGGAAUACGACCAGAUCUACUACCCCGUGAUGUUUGCGAGCCGUAAUCUGAAGUUUAACAAGCUGAAUUAUGGCAUCGCGGAGAAGGAGGUAUUAGCCCUCCUGAGGAUCCUGGAUCUUAACUACAACGCACUGCAAGAUUGGAAUGGGAACGCUGACUGCUUGGCCAGCGCCGCACUACAGCGACAAUGUGACGUCGAGGUCGAAACCGAAGAAGAGAUCCAGGAUCUAGUGACCUUGAACCGGUUGGAUGAGAUCCUGAUGGUGAAGAUCGAAGACGAGAUCGCUCAGAUAUCUGCCGUAACGACCCGAUCUAAGGCUAGGUCUGGAGUGCGUACUGGAUCUGAUCCAGACUCACUGCGGGAGGAAGUUGUGAGGGAGCUGAGGAUCGAGCGGAUCCGGCAAGCAGAGGACGAGGAGUCGUGGAUCUCGGGUCUGAAGAAGUAUUUGGUUGGAGAGAUCCGGGAUCUGACACAAGAGGAUGCUAAGGUGUUUGGAUCUAUUGCCAUGAAUUACGAAGUGGAUCAGUCGGAUCUACUCUUCUACUGCCCGAUAACUAAGGAGGCAGCGGCAGAUCGAGACAAGGUGGCCAUCAAGGGAUCGGUCGCACCUAUGACCGGAUUCGUGAUCACUUUCACUGGAAAGGGCUGUACAAGAGUGUGCAGCGAUAUGUGGGAGAAUGUGUUGACUGUGAAACGG